UUGUACAACAAAAGAAUAAAUAGCUCCCAGAAUAAACAUGUGCUGUGAGUUCAUCUCUUUGCUCAGCGUCCCCUAGCACUGUAGAGAAGAGAAGCCCGGCUGUGUGAUACAACACGUGAAGCUGGGCAGAGAAACCUGACUUUACAGAGUGGUCCUAGCUGACAUCAAGACUCCAUUGUGCUGGGUGAUGUACGCGCACAUACCAAGAGACAGAGUCUGCCCUGAAGAACCUACAAUCCAAGGGCUUGUCUAAAUGAACAGGGGUUAAAAUACCUGUGAGGAAAAAUCCCAUAAUGCUCACCACUAGCUACAAAGGCAGACAGCCCACCUUCUCUUUUGAAAGACAAAUCAAAUUUUCUGCAUGCCUGGAUUUGGCCUUUGCACAGAAUCAAAGUUUUGUGCAGCAGCUCCGAGCCACCCCGCAGAGAGAUAUAUGGCAAAAGCAGCCUCCUGAUUUUAGCUACAAAUUCUAUAAAUCUUCUAGGCCUUCACGAAAACCACUAGAAAAGGAAAAGGAAGAUUUGAAGAAGGCCAAUAGCACUGAGACUAAGCAACAGCUGCCAAAGAUAAAGACCAGCCAGUUCCACACUGCUUCGGAAAGGAAGAAAGAGUUGCCCAAGAUUGUCACAAGGUUUCCACACGUGGGCUCAUAUGAAGUGGAUAUAAUGUUUGUGGAGAAUGGAAAAUAUAAGACUGGCAUAUACCAAGAUCCCAAACCACAUGAUUUUAGGCAGUAUGAAACUAAUAUACCAGACUUUGUGACAAGUUACUCCAGAGACCCUUUCAAUUUAAAGUUCAAAUCUCAACAUUUAAAUGCAAUUCAUGGACUUCAGCCAUUGAAAGACAAGCAAAAGGACACCAAGGGGAGAUUCAUUACUUACAAGCCUUGUGAAUGCAAAUGGGAAUCCAGGCUAAUUCUGCCAAAGAACCCUUGGCCACCGAAGUCUGCUUCAUUUACGAGACACAGAAGGCGACGUGGUGCCCACACGGCGUUCCUAGAUCGUGUGGAUGAAAAGCUAUGUACAAUAUGGCAGGAGGAAGCCUGCCAGCCCAAAUAGCAGGAAGAGGAAAAAGCAAUGCAGUGGAAUUUUUCUAGCAGGAUCCAAGUCAAUGCACCAAGUCCAGCCCUAUGAAAUGUAUGAACCUCAGCAAAUCCUGUGAAAGAUACUAGUGGUGCUUCGCUGCAUUUCUUGUACGUCCUGUUGUGCCAGAUGUCAAAUUUUUGAGAACUCCAACCUGGAAUAACUAACAAGGGCUAGAUCCUGAGCUGUUGUAAACCGGCAUAGAUUGCUCCAUUGACUGAGGAUCUGGAAUAUCUUUAGCACAAUACAGCAGGCAUAACUUUAAAUUUAUACCAGUAUAAAAUGGAAACCCUAAAUCUA